AUGGCUGAAAUUCGUCGCAAACUUGUCAUAGUUGGAGAUGGUGCCUGUGGAAAAACGUGUCUGUUGAUUGUCUUCUCAAAGGGUACCUUUCCUGAGGUGUACGUUCCCACUGUCUUCGAGAACUAUGUUGCCGACGUCGAAGUCGAUGGCAAACAUGUCGAACUAGCCCUAUGGGAUACGGCGGGUCAAGAAGACUACGAUCGCCUCCGUCCUCUUUCGUAUCCGGACUCUCAUGUCAUCCUUAUCUGCUUUGCAGUCGACUCCCCAGAUUCCCUUGAUAACGUCCAGGAGAAGUGGAUCUCUGAGGUUCUGCACUUCUGCCCAGGUCUCCCUAUCAUCCUUGUUGGUUGCAAAUCCGAUCUUCGUGACGAUCCCAAGACGCUGGAAGAAUUGCACAAGACCUCUCAGCGACCGGUUACGCAGGCUCAGGGCGAGGAAGUUUGUAAGAAGAUUGGGGCGUACAAAUACCUCGAAUGCUCAGCGAAGAGAAACACGGGGGUUCGCGAGGUCUUCGAGACUGCUACACGUGCUGCUCUGCUCACCAAGAGGAAGAAGGACAAGAAGUGCUUGAUCUUGUAA